UGUGUGUGGGUCGCCAUAGUAACCGUUUCAAACGGAAAGUCGCGUCAUGUGUUCAGAUUUUGUUUCUUUUUCCGGUCUUUUCGGUAUUUACGAGCGUUACCUGUGAAGUGGACGUGACGUAUAUCCGCUCAGUCUAUCGCGUGUGAGACGUUUACUGUCCAGCGAGGAAAUACGUCAAAUAGAAACGACGUCGAAUGUGAAACACAACCUUGAAAUUGAAUCUGCCACGCGCUAUAAAGUCCCGUAAAAACCCCACAUUUUUUUCGAGAAUAAAGUCGUUCUCGUAAAUGUACGAUUUUAUUCUCGCAGUCUGUGAUUUGUUUUCCUCAAUGUGGCGCUAAAGUGUGUUUGUGUUUGAAAUUCCUCAUUUUUUCCUGGAAAAACAAACCGUUGUUGGGAGAAGGAUCAGGACACAGUCGCUCUGUCUCCAUGGAGACAGCAGGGGGCGCUGAAGACAGCAGAAACCGCUGCAGCUGUGGUGCCACCUGGUCCAGGAGUUGGUGCUGCGACUGCUCUGAGCCUCUGUGUGACGACUGUGUGUCUGCUCAUCGCAGAGUCACCGUGACCAGGUCACACCGGAUCCUCAACCAGCCGCCAGGAAAUGUCUCGGUGUCUGCCACCAAGUUCUGUCGGCUCCACCCGUCGGAGACACUCAAACUCUUCUGCUUCACCUGUGGACGCCACACCUGCAGAGACUGUCAGCUGACGUCUCACAUGAACCACAGGUUUCAGUUUGUCAGUGAAGCGUUGGACAAGACCUGGAAUCAGCUGGAGGACACGUCUCAGCCAAUUAGAGCGCAGAGGGAGACAACAGCGAAGACCAUUCGGGACAUUAGUGCCAGACUCUGUGACCUUGUUGAAGGACACGCUAAGAUCAAGACUGAACUAGAAAAUGCACACGACAACUUUGUCAGACUCCUGAAGAAGAGGAUGGACGAGCUGAUGGAGGAGGUGGAGCAUGCACAUAGGUCAGAGACACAGCGUCUCCAGAAGCAGAUGCAGACAUUGAAGCAGUUUCAGAACACACAGUCUGCUGUUCUGAAGAUGAUUGAAAGAUCCAGAGACAUCAAAGACCUGAAAGAGCUGCUGACCUGGCAGACCAGGAUUAACAGUAUCGCCAGUGUCCUCACAGAUCAGGACCUGGAUCCUCCCGCAACCAUGACUCAGAUGGAGGUGAAAACCAACUCCGCCUCUGUGCAGGCUCUUUUAUCGUUUGGUUUUGUUGACGUAACUGAUGUCCCCUUCUCUGUCACACAAACCUCCUCCUGUCUCAGUCUUCCUCAAACUGGGACCACCAGUGAUUCCACCCCUGGUCAAUCAGAGUCCACGAUGUCCCACUUACCCAACCCAUCCUCUGUUGCUCUCAUCUCAGCUGGUCCCCUUUGUCCCCAAACCACGGCCACAUGUAGUAGCAUUUCACCUUUGUCACUCAGCUCUCCUUCAGCAUCAUUGCAUCAUUCCUCCACUCCAUUGAGUCUUCCUUCAUCCUGGUGCUCAAACCACAACAGGCCCCUCCCUCCAGUAACGAAUGCCAGUAACACCUGCACUCAGCCGCUGAAGCCUCCAACCUCCUCAAAGCCACAUGUGGCAACAAAUCAAGGCCAAGUCAUAUUCACUUCUGUCCAUGCUGCUGUUCAGCCUGUAGUACUGUCUCACAAUGUGCCUCACUGCAGGUCCAACACCUCACCCAGUUACACCAGAUCUAACUCACACCUGUCAAACCAUCAUAAAAAAAUGACCAACCGAAACGAAAAACACUUGAAUUCAUGGCAGAGUUCUUUGGAUGAGAUUAGAGUUCUUGUGACCUCUGAUGGAUGGAGCAACACAAAAAAACACCCCAGACCAAACAUAACUGCUGCUGUACCCUCUGGACCUGUGGCCAUUACACCUGAGACGUCCUCCAAAAAACAGCAUCAGAGUCUAUUGGUGAAGGCAGUGGCAGACUUGGCCUGCGAUCAGGUGGCACAACAGCAGGAACCUGCAGAGAACAUACUGACCUCAGCCAUGUCUGAAGACACUAAACUAGCAGAGAACUCAACGACUUCCACCAUGACAGAAGAAAUCAAACCAGAGAACAUACCAAGGUUCAUUGUUUUGGAAGAAAAUACUGUUCCUGCUGAGAACAUAUGGAGGUGGACACCCGUGUCUGAAGAUGCUAAACCUGCAGAGAAAAUACGGAGGUCACCUGUGUCUGAAGAUUCUGAACCUGCAGAGAACAUACAGAGGUCACCCGUGUCUGAAGAUUCUGAACCUGCAGAGAACAUAUGGAGGUCACCAGUGUCUGAAGAUACUGAACCUGCAGAGAAAAUACGGAGGUCACCUGUGUCUGAAGAUUCUGAACCUGCAGAGAACAUAUGGAGGUCACCUGUGUCUGUAGACACUGAACCUGCAGAGGACAUACCAAGGCUUACUGCAUCCUUCAAAACAGAAUCCAAAGCGUCUCUGUUUAAAUUACCAUUGUGUCUUCUCCAUCCUGAACAUCCUAUGCUUCACAUCAGUCUUCCUGCAGAGAACAAUCAACCCUUACCCAAACCUGCAGGAGAACUUGACGCACUAGAAAUAAUGGGCAGAACUGUCAGAGAGUUUGUGAUUGGACAGAGUGGCAGCAGUGUGAGCCCUGCCCCACUCACAGUGUCUCUGUUCAGAUUGCCACUGUCCCUGCUCAGACCUGGAAAGCCCCUGUUUUGUUUCAGUCCCGUCCCUGGAGACUCUGAGGACAAGGACGACGAGUCAGAUGAGAACCCUGAGUUCAGUGGUGAAAACCUUUCGGAGGACUGCAAGGAUUUCACCAGACCUCUUUCGUCUCCAGAGUCUCCCGUCAGCCUGCACAUUCUUUCCUGCUCAGUGUGUGGUUUGUCUUACAGCUCAAUCAUCUGCUCAUCCUGCGGUCAAGGAUACCACAGAGACUGUCAUGUGCCUCCUGUUGGACCUGACCUGAGGACGGAGUGGAACUGUUCACUGUGUCAGGACCUGAAUGACCUGGCUGACCCUUACAGUUCUGAGAGAAGAGCCAAGAGUCCAGAGGGAAGGGGUCUGAGUGUGCUGGAUCAAAGGAGGUGUGAAACUCUGCUGCUCCACCUGCUGGUAGAAAGCUGUCAUCAUCUUUGCCAGGACAGUAAUGUCACUUCUGGUCUGUCGAUGAUUUCUAAGCGCCUGUCGCUGCGUCGCUCGCCAUCAUAUCAGACGGUCGCUGAGUUUCUGCUCAAUAUCUGGACUGUUUUCAGAGAGGCACCAUCACAGGACAACAGUUUCCUUGACGACCUGCAGCAGAUAUUUCACAGGAGGUUGUUGGAAAUGUUCCGAUCUAAAGGCGACUCAUCAGACUCUCAUCAUCCCGACGCAGCGUCCGUCUGCGACAAGUCCAAACUGAAGGAGACCAGGAAGAGGCUGAAGGAGUAUCUGAACCUGAGGGGGGCGCCAGCCAACAAGAGGACAAAGAUGGACUAACUCUAGUUAUCUAGUCUGGUAAGAGGGGGGCCAGUCUGUUGGGUAGUGAGUGAGCAACACAACAUUCUGUCCUGAUAAAAAUAUAAAGCGAUUAUAUUUCACACAUUUCAAAGUAAAAGUCUUUGUUUUGCUAUGGAACAAUGCAUGCUUCAUGAUAAGAACAUCUAAGUUCUAUUAAUAUCAGAGCCACACGUGGGCCGCAGGCCGCCAGUUUGACACCUGUUGACAAGAGGAGGUGGUGAGAGUGAGGUUUAAACAAAGUUUAAUUGUAUAUCAAGUUUUAUUGGUGUUAAAGACUUUGGCUCUGAGAACCAGUUUUACACCGGGGGGCGCUGUGGUGCAGUCACAUGAUCAUUUUUAUUGAUCUGCACGUCGCCACGGUGACAAUGGGCGUGUCUGUGUGACUUCAUUCUCGACUGAGAGAAUGAAGUCACAUGUGAACUGUAUUUUCCAGUGGGAGUGAAGUGAAGCUCCUCCCACUGUUAUUUACUUUUAUUCAUGUUUACAACAAGCAGCUGUAACACAAACACUAUU